UGUGGGAUAUUUCUGCAUUACAAGUGUUGAUUCUUCCCAUUUGUUCUGUGGCCCUUGUAUGGUAGGCUGAGCUCUGGUGCCCCAACAAUAGAAGAGAGGGAUGGUGCGCCCUGAGGAACACCAUGACCCCACACAGCUGAGGGUCAGAGGUGUGUGGUGUUGGCAGUGGUGUUGAGUGUGGCGGGGGCAAGGGAGGGGGCGAGGGAAGAUGUGGCAGUGUUCCCGGCAGGCCACACUCUGGUCCACCUCUUUGAGUGGCGGUGGGAGGACGUCGCCAGGGAGUGUAAGGACUUCCUGGCACCUAAAGGAUUCUGGGGCGUUCAGGUUUCCCCUCCACAAGAGCACCCAGUGUCCUUGUACAACUCCUGGACCGAGCGCUACCAGCCAGUGUCUUAUGAAUUGGAGUCCCGCUCAGGCACCAGAGAUCAGUUUGUGGACAUGGUGCGGCAGUGUAACGAGGCGGGUGUUAGGGUUGUGGUGGACGCAGUGAUCAACAACAUGGUGGAGGAACACACAGCGGGGUACGGUUCUGCGGGAAGCUACUAUGAUGCGGAUGCCUGCGACUUCCCUCCCUACGAUGACCCUUACUUCUUCUCCAGCACCUGCGUCUCUGCUAAUGGUCUGGUCAACUCCUUCAACGACCCAAGCGAGGUCAGGGAGUGUCGGUUCGAGGGGCGUCUUGACCUAGCCACAGGAAAGCACCCGCUGCAGCUCAUCAUCGCCUAUUACCUCAAUGAACUGCUUUCCUAUGGGGUCGCAGGGUUUAGGGUUGACGCUGCUUCACAUAUCUGGCCUGAGCACCUACAAGAAAUCCAGAGCCAGCUGACCAACCUGAGCGAGAGUGCCGGCUUCCCCCCCGACACCCCGGCCCUCCUCUACCAGGACGUGGUGGCCCCGGGCGACGCCAUUCUUCCUGAGGACUAUUACAGCAUCGGUUUGGUAACAGAGCAGCUCUACGGGGAACAGGUGGCCAUGGGCAUAGACGACUUUUGGCAGCUUGAGGAGGUAUAUGACCCUUCGCUGUCCAUGGCUCCACCGGGCAGUGCUCUCGUGUUUGUGGACAGUCACCUUACCCAGCGGAGCAAUGAUUCAGAGGUGCUAACUCACGAGGCACAACGGGAGUACCAGAUGGCAACAGCUUUCAUGCUUGCUGACGACUACGGUGCUGCGAGGGUCAUGAGCAGCUACGCCUUCUCUGACCCGAGCCAGGGACCCCCGACUGACCCCACCACUGGCACGACCCUCCCCGUCACCAACGCUAUGGAUGGGGGGUGUGAGGGCGGCUGGGUGUGUGAGCAUCGCUGGUCACCAAUCGCUAACAUGGUGGAGUUCCGCAAUGCUGUGGCCGAUACCAACAGGUCGAGGUUUGAGGUGGUGAGUUCGGGGGCGGUGGUGCUCAAUAGGGGAUCCAUCGGCCUCUUUGUCAUGAGUCCCGACGGCCUCAUGGAUGAACUCAUUGACACAGGCCUGCCCCCGGGUGAGUACUGGGAGGUGGUGGGUGGGUGGGAGGAGACGCUGGUUGUGGAGGUCGACGGCACAGCUCGGGUCACCAUCAACAACACUGCCGUGCCCUUCGUUGCCUACUGCGUCGGGUGUGGACCUCUGGAGUCAACCAACACCACGGACGUCUUCACCACCACCGAGGAAGUCACCACAGAGCCUUCAGAGACCUCCACUGACACUGCCUUCCCCUCCGGCACAACAGCCUCCACCACGGACACAGAAACCACCACAGACUACUUCACAGACACAGAGGUUACUACUGACGACACAACAGACACAGCGAUGACUACCAACUACUCCACAGACUCUUCCACUACAGAUAGAGCCUCCACCACAGACUACACAGACUCCUCCACAACAGACUACUAUUACUCCUCAUAUGAAACCACCACAGAGACAGACAUAGCCACAGACUACUCCACAGAUUCUUACACAGACACGACAGACUUCACAGACACCACAGACGACACCACAAACUACACAGACACCACAGACGACACCACAAACUACACAGACACAACAGACUACACAGACACCACAGACACCACAGACGACACCACAAACAACUCCACAGAAUUCUCUACCACCUCCACCACCGAGUCGCCUAUCAAGAGAACCGUAAUUUUCAUGAAGAAAAAAGUGUAUGACAGCCAGUAUGUGUUCCUGAGGGGAGGAAUUAACGAGGAAACACACCCGGAGUGUGGCCCACCGGCAGAGACAGACACCUGUGCCUUGCCCUUCACCCUUCUGUCCCUCGGGUCAACGGCAAACUUCGCCAAGUACGACGGCUGGAGGCAAGGCGAUGACCACCUCGACUGGUUCGGCGCAGAGGCAGGCCAGGGGCUGUACCAGGGCACCCCGGCCUCUGGUUCACCCAUGGCCUGGACCACGAACCAGCCAGGUGUUGAUGGCUACCAGGAGCUGAAUGUCUAUGGCGAGGACUACUGGAUGAUGGACUUUGAGAUGGACUGCACCAACACAGACGAAGGGGGCUGGUUUGAGGUGAAGGGGUGGCUGGAGUUCGCUGGCGGCUACACAGGCUGGGAGCUGGACAUCCAUCAAGGGGGGUGCGGAGGGCAGGUGGGCGGCAUUGCUCCAUCCACGUCCACAAACCACAAGGCGAGGUGCGGCUACAUCAACAUCUUCACCUGGAAUGAAGGCCAGUGCUUCAUAGAACCCUUCCCCACCACCACCACGGCUGCCAGCACAACCCCUAGUGGUGGCAGCACAGUCACAGGCUCAACGGACGGCCCUGAUGUGCAGCGGACGGUGGUGUUCAUCGAGCAACACACUGUGGUGGGACAAGAUGUGUUCCUGCUGGGAGGCUCGGAUGACAUGCCAGCCUGCAGUGGUGACGCAAGCAGUGACCUGUGCUCCCUGCCCAUCACCACGCGUUCUCUGGGGUCAUCAUCCCACUACUCCAGCUACAAUGACUGGCGGGUCAAUGACAACUUCCUGGACUGGCAUGGGGCUGAGGUGGGGCAAGGUCUCCAUUUGGGUCAACCAGCGCAUGGCAGCCCCUCCGCCUGGACCACUAAUGUUCCUGGCUCAGAUGGAUACCAGGCCCUAAACACGUACGGUGAGGCCUACUGGAUGCUGGACAUUGACCUCGACUGCUCCCUGACCUACAAUGGCUGGUUCGUGGUCAAGGGCUGGCUGAGUGGGGACGCGGGGCAGUUUUCAGGGCUGGAGGAGGAGGUGGCCCAGGAGGUGUGUUUAGGGACUGCUGGUGGACCCUCGCCCUUCUCUGCCACAAGUCACAUUGCUAAGUGCGGCCACAUCAAUGUCUUCCACUAUGAUCGAGGGGACUGCAUCAUUGACAGUUUUCCUUGAUUGGCUGCACUCAGUAAAUUAUCCAUCUAU